GGUAUAUAAAUGUAGUAUUAUAUUAUUGUAGUCAUCGAUUAGUAUUUAGUAGGUAUUGGCGUAUAGCUGAUCUAUUGAUGAGCUUAUUGUUACGCACUUCCCAUUAAAUACUGCCUCAUUUGAUUCAUUGUUAUUAAACUAACCCAUUAUAAUAAUAUAGGCCUUGAACAUUCGUUCAUAACUAUUAUACCUAUAGCUAAGCAUAUAUAAUAUCUUAAAAGUGAUUAUCUACUAAUUAAAUUUUAUAGACUGUUUAUUUGGUGGUAAUAAAUUCUAAUGCAAACAAAUUUUGUUUUCAUUCGUAUAUCUUUAAGCACUACAAAGUCUAUCGUUGGCGUUUUAUUCAAAAAUUAAUAAUGGAAGCUUGUAUACCUGAAACAUUUAGAAGUGGGACAGUCUUAGUGACCGGAGGUACAGGGUUUCUCGGGAAGAUCCUCGUUGAAAAAAUACUCAGAUCUUGCCCUAUAAAAAAAAUUGCAAUCUUAGUGAGAAAUAAAAAAGGAAUUGAUGCUAAUCAGAGGUUAGCAGAUAUCUAUAAACAAGCUGUAUUUGAUCGACUCAGAAGUGAAAAACCAGAUUUUACGGACUUUAUCAAAAUCAUUGAGGGUAAUCUAGAAGAUUCAUCAAUGGGUUUGGUGACAGCUAAUCGCGAUUGGAUAGUUGAAAAUGUUAACUUUGUUUUUCAUUGUGCGGCUACAAUUAAAUUUAACGAAACUCUCGAAUCAGCAUCAAAAAUAAACAUACUAGGAACUGAAAAACUUCUGUCUUUAGCAACGCAAAUGAAGAACCUUAAGGGGUUUGUGCAUGUGUCGACCGCUUAUUCGCAUUGUCCCAGGGGUGAAAUCAAAGAAAAAUACUAUCCUGUUCCAAUUACGACCAAGGUGCUAAAAAAUAUGUUUAGUCUCAAUAAUUCUACACCAAGAAUUUUAGAAGAUUGGCCCAAUACGUAUUGUUUUACAAAAGCAAUUGCAGAAAAUUUGGUGUUAAUAAAUGGUAUUCAUUUACCGAUUUCAGUAUUUCGUCCAUCAAUUAUCGGAUGUACAAAAUCGGAACCUGAUCCCGGUUGGUUGGAAAAUAUGAACGGACCGUCUGCCAUAGUCGCCGGUGUUAUGACUGGAUUCUUAAGGACCAUUCCGAUUGUCAAAAACAAAGUUACGGACAUAGUACCGGCGGAUUACACCGUAAACGCAUUAAUUAGUGUCAUGUGGGACACGGUGAAUAGAUAUCAAAAUACAAAUCUGAUAAAUCAGGAACCAAAAAUAUAUAAUUACGUUUCUAGUGUCGAGAGUCCUUUGCUAUGGGGCAGAUAUAUAGAAGAAAUGAAUGGUCAUUAUCAUGAAGCUCCGCCUCUACAGUCAAUAUGGUAUAUGUUUUGUAUUUUUUAUUCCAAUUUAUGGGUUGGAAAAAUGUUGAGAUUCCUAUUCCACCGGAUACCAGCUACGUUGAUUGAUUUUUUGCUAAUCGUAUGCGGUAAAAGUCCUAAAAUGUUGAAAAUGUAUGUAAAAACGGAAUGCAUGAUAGAUUUACUUUAUGAGUUUACUACGAGACAGUGGAAAUUCGAUAAUAGUAACACCAGAGAACUGUGGUCAUUAUUAAGUCAAGACGACCGUAACACAUUUUGGUACAGCUUGGAAGAAUUUGAUUGGGCGUCCUAUGUAAAAAUGUAUUUCUAUGGUAUCAGAAAACACGUGUUACAUGAAGAAUUGAGUAACGUGGCUAGAGCUACAGUAAAAAAUCGAAAAUUAUUUUGGUUGCAUCAGUUAUGUAUUUAUGUAAUUAUUUAUGUUAUUUUUCAAGUAUGUUGGAUGUUGGUAUCGUAUUCAUAUUGAUUGACAAAAUGUGUUGGUACAGAAUAUUUCAGUGGUUAUAAUAUUAUGUUGUCAAUUUUAAUAAAUAAAAUUCAAUUUAUUAUUUAUAUGUACUAGUUAUUGAGUAUAAUAUUAAUAUAUUCAAUAUGUCUAUUAGAUAUUUAAUUGUUCGAUCCAUAUGGACUAUAAUAUGGCUAUAUAAUUGAUAA